AUGGGUGGAAGACCUUUCACCCUUGGAGAAAGCUUGGACUUCCUAGACUGCCUAAGUGAGUGUGGGCUUCAAGAUGCAGGAUAUUCUGGUGCUAAAUUCACUUGGUGCGACAACAAGGAUCCCCCUAACACUAUCUGGAAAAGGCUGGACAUAUUAGUUUAUAAUACCAAUUGGUUUGAUGAUUACAACACGACUAGUGUGUCCUAUCUCUCAAGGACAUGCUCAGAUCAUGCCCCUUUGUUGGUCAACAUGAACAACAUUGCUCCCCAAUGCAUUAAAUAUUUCAAAUUUCUCAACGUUUGUACUGAACAUGAAAGCUUUCUUGGUACCAUUCAAAGGUGUUGGGAAGAACUAGUAGUGGGAAAUCCUAUGUAUAUUUUACAUCAGAAGAUCAAAAAACUUGUAAAAUGCUUAGUCUCUGGUCUAGAGAGCUUAGUCUCUGGUCUAGAGAGACUUAUGGAGACAUCAAUGAGGAGCCAAAUGAAAGUAUUGGAAGAAAACAGUGUUAUGAACAACACUAAGACCAACAGAUGUGAACUUUCUAGAUGCAGAGCUGAGUUUACAAAAUAUUUGAAACUUCAAGAUGCCAUCCUAAGACAAAAGGCUAGGGCCAAAUGGUUAGAGGAAGGAGAUGCCAAUACUUCUUACUUUCACAGCACUAUUAAAGAUAGGAGGAGGAGACUCUCUUUAAAGAAAAUUAUGAAUGAGCAGAAUCAAUGGCUUGAAGGAAAUGAUCAAAUUGUUGAAGGAGCAGUGAGCUUUUACCAAAACUUGUUUAGCCAUGAAAGUGUCGCUAUAGAUACUGAAACUAUAAACUAUUUACCAAGGUGUAUCACUGAUAAGGAUAAUGAGAUGCUGAGUGCUCUGCCAACCCUUCAAGAAGUCAAAGAGUGUGUUUUCUCUUUGGAUCCAGAUAGUGCACCGAGGCCAGAUGGACUCAAUGGAUGCUUUUAUCAAGCAACUUAG